AUGAAGUGGCUCAUCCUGGCCCUGGUGUGCCUCCAGCUCUCAGAGGGGCUUGUGAGAAUCAAGCUGAAGAAAGCCAAGUCUAUAUGGGAGGAAGUGAGUAAGGCAGGAGUGCUGGAGGACUACUUGAAAAAAAAUAAAUAUGAUCCAGCCAUGAAAUAUCACUUCAAUGAGGACUAUGUUGUGUACAAGCCAAUGGCCAGCCAUCUGGAUUCCUCCUACUUUGGAGAGAUCAGCACUGGGACCCUUCCGCCGAACUUCCUGGUGCUCUUUGACACUGGCGGUGCAGCACUGAUGGUUAAAUCAUCCUGUGGUCAGAAGAGAGCGUGUCCAGGAGCUUGCUGUCUUCUCUCUCACACAGCAAAUCAUGCAAGGUUCAUCCCCAGCCAGUCCUCCACCUUCACCGACAACGGUCAGACCUACACCCUCUCUUACAGGAGCAGCGCGCUCACACUUCUGUUGGGUUAUGACACACUAACGAUCCAGAGCAUUACAGUCACAAACCAGGAGUUUGGGCUUAGUGAGGAUGAGCCAACGCAGCCUUUCUACUAUGCCGGUUUUGACGGGAUCCUGGGAAUGGCCUACCCUUUGCUGGCAGUGGGAGGAACGCCCACCGCUCUGCAGGGCAUGCUGCAGCAGAACCAGCUGACCCAGCCCAUCUUCAGCUUCUACUUCUCUCACCAGCCCACCUAUGACUAUGGGGGAGAGCUCGUACUCAGAGAAGUUGACACUCAGCUGUUGUCUGGAGAGAUUAUGUGGGUGCCAGUGACCCAGGAGACUUACUGGCAGGUUGCGAUUGAUGAAUUUGCUAUUGGACAGUCAAUGACAGGCUGGUGCAGCCAGGGCUGCCAGGCCAUCAUGGCCACUGGGACGUUCUUGCUCGCAGUGCCCCAGCAGUAUAUGGAUUACUUCCUUCAGGCUGUGGGUGCCCAGAAGACCAGUUAUGGUCUAAGUUAUGCAGUUAACUGCAAUGAGGUCCAGAACCUGCCCACCAUCACCUUCAUCAUCAACGGAGCUCAGUUCCCACUGUACCCCUCUGCCUACAUCAUCAAUGACAAUGGCUACUGUACUGUUGGGACUGAAGCCGCAUACCUGCCGUCGCAGAAUGGGCAGCUGCUCUGGAUCCUGGGUGACGUCUUCCUCAAGCAAUAUUAUUCUGUCUUUGACACGGCUAACAACCGCGUUGGCUUUGCCCCAUCAGUGUAG